AUGCGCUUUGCCAAGAAGCACAUCAAGAAGGGCCUGAAGAAGAUGCAGACCAACAACGCCAAGGCCAUGAGUGCACGCGCUAAGGCUAUCAAGGCCCUCGUGAAGUCAAAGGAGGUAAAGCCCAAGAUCCCAAAGGGUGGUAGCUGCAAGCUCAGUCAAUUUGCCUAUAUCACUCACCCUAAGCUUGGGAAACAUGCUCGUGCCUAUACCGCCAAGGGUCUCAGGAGGCUCUGCCAGGCAAAGUCCAAGGCCAAAGCUCAAACCAAGGCCCAGAAUGCAGCUGCAACUCUGCCUCCAGCUCAGGCUCAGGCUCUGGCUCCCAAAGGUGGCCAGGCCCUCAUGAAGGCUGCAGAGUAG